GCCUCUGCCCAGACUGGGAGACUUGGGACCCCAGGCAGCCAGUGGAGAACGCCCGCGAGGCCAUGCAGCAGGCUGACGACUGGCUGGGGGUCCCUCAGGUGAUUGCCCCCGAAGAGAUCGUGGACCCCAACGUGGACGAGCAUUCGGUCAUGACUUACCUCUCGCAGUUCCCCAAAGCCAAACUCAAACCCGGAGCCCCCCUGAACUCCAAGCAGGUGCACCCCAAGAAGGCCAAGGCGUACGGGCCUGGUAUCGAACCCCACGGAAACACGGUGCUGAAAUCAGCCCAUUUCACAGUGGAGACUGUCGAGGCAGGCUUGGGAGAAGUACUGGUCUACAUCGAAGACCCCGAGGGACACACGGAGGAGGCUAAAGUGGUUGCCAACAACGACAAGAAUCGGACUUAUUCCGUCUGCUACGUGCCCAAGGUGGCUGGCUUACACAAGGUCACUGUCCUUUUUGCUGGUCAAAAUAUUGACCGGAGCCCCUUUGAAGUCAACGUGGGCAUGGCGCUCGGGGACGCCAGCAAGGUGUCAGCCCGUGGACCGGGCCUGGAGCCCGUGGGAAAUGUGGCCAACAAACCCACUUACUUCGACAUCUACACCGCAGGGGCAGGGGCCGGUGACGUGGGGGUAGUGAUCGUGGACCCCCAGGGACGGCGGGACACGGUGGAAGUGGUCUUGGAAGACAAAGGCGACAAUAUUUUCCGCUGCACUUAUCGGCCCGUCCUGGAGGGUCCUCACACCAUCUAUGUGACCUUUGCGGGGGCUCAGAUCCCCAAAAGCCCCUUCACAGUCAACGUGGCAGAAGGUCCAAACGACACAGGGGACCAAAGUGAUCUGGUCGAUAACCUCUCCGCCAAAUCUACCUCGCAGGGUUGUUGUUGGAAGGAGACCGUCUGCUCCCCUUGGGGAGAAGGUGAAACACGAGUGGAGAUGGCGGCUGCCACAAACUCGCACCGUUAUUGUAACACCGCGGUCCCCAACAUUUCCGGGUUUGAAAACGGAAAACCUUCUGGGGAGGGGUGA